UAUAGACAGUAAGUACAUGUAUAUAAACUGUUUACUCCCUCGUGACACGAUGCUGAGAUGACGACUAUCUAACGAGUCCCCAAUAGAUAUUAUAUGACAUCGGGCUUGCCAUCCGACGAGCCGACGACGCAGACCCGAAAUAUUCGAAAAUAUGUGCGUGCACAUCAAUUUAUCCGGGCACCUGCUCCUACCACAUUCUCGCACUGCAAACUUCACAAAGCAUGGCUCAGGCGAAUUGCGAGAGUGCUGACCUAGCAAAACUCCAUGUUCUCAUUGAUAACCUUCCCAUGCUCUGUAAUUCCUUACCUAGUUCUGUCCCGGAGGCAACAGACAGUGAUUUAAUUCACCGUGUCACUACCACCGUUACUGGCGAAGAUCCCUGGCAUACUUUCAACCGUCGUUUCGACAUUCAUCACCUUCUCUCGAUGACGAGGAUUUUUUUCUUUCAUCAAUAAUUAAUUUGCGUCCCGACGGCAAAUCCUCCGUAACAUCGACGGUACCCAUCCAGUCUGAGUUUGAACGCUAUGCAAUCCUUGCACAGGGUGCCAAGGACUCGAAUGCCUUGAAUGCACCUCUUAUAUGGUGGAAGGAUCAUUCUCAUCAAUUCCCAACAAUCUCUCGCAUUACACGCGAUGUCCUUGCCAUUCCAGGUGCCAUUUCUCCCGUCGAGCGGCUCUUUUCGAAGUCACGACACCUAUGCACUGACCAGCGGUCUUCCCUUGCUGCAGCCACUGUCACGCAGUCAAUGUGUGCAAAACUAUGGAUCCGGCAAGGCCUCUUUGAUUUCAACAAGUAGUUACUCAAUUUUCUAUCUGUCUAUAAACUGUUUAAACUGUCUACAUACUGUCUACAUACUGUUUAGG